AUGCAGUCGCAGCUUGCACAGAUGACGCAAGACUCCUUGAAGGCGAAGCUGAUGGGGUUGCUGGAAGGCAAACCGGGCCUUGCGAGCAGACUUCUCGAGCUCUGGGACCAGGGAAUGCUCCUCCAGUCGGCAAGCUCGGACCGCCUGGACACGAUCGGCCCGACGAGUUGCAACAAGUACAAGCUCGUGGACAGUCGCAUCCUGAAGGAGCUGUUGAUUGAGAGUUGCGAGGGCGCGUUCGGAGAGAACCAGAAGGAGGCGCUACAGAGAUGGAAGUCGACGAAAUCGGAGCUGAUGGAAAUCUUCGCAAUGCUCACCUCCAUCAAUGGCUCCAGUGCACUCCCGAGUCGAAGCAGAACGAGCGUCCUGGAGGAGAUGCGGCAGAAGCGGCCUGAGUACGUGACGAGGCUCGACAUCCCGCAGGAUUUCUCGGUCGCCGAGUUCUUUCGCUUGAACCCAUGGUUCAAGCUCGUGGAAAACGAGUCGUCAGGUGGUCGCUCCUGGAGUGUGCAGCACAUCAGCGGCCAGUCGAAGCCGCUUCCAAGAGAGCUGGAGCACAUGGCGCAGUCGGGGGCUUUGGAGUUGAAGCACACGCACAGCUUCGCCAAAGCCGCUCUGGGGGCAGGAGUUGGGCCUGGGGGUCAGAGAGACAGAGAGACAGAGAGAGCGAGAGAGAGAGUAAGCAAACCCGAGAAUUAA